UUGCUCUUAAGUAACCGUAAACUACAUCUCCCCUAGUUCCAAACCAAGUAACCCGUCCCAUUCUCCUCACUCAAGCACCACGCCCACUAUUUCUUGGUCCGCGGGGAAGUCGCAAGAUGGCCGACGUCGCUUGAAAGUACGUUCCUCUCCUCAAUAUGAAGUUGUGAGUGAGAUAGAGAGCGAGGGAGCUUACGGUGGCGUUUUGUUUUAUUUUAGUUAUUUUACUUUAUUUUAUGUUUAACCAACCAUUUCAUUCCGAAACGCACAUGUCUCCGAUUUCUUUAGGCUAGUUGAGUCGUCAGUCACACCGGGCUAACGAGCUAAGUUAGCUAGCUAGCUGGUGUAUGCGCUGCAAAGCUGCAGGUUUAGGUUAAAUCAGUUGGCUAGCUUCUUGUCGAUUUGAAACGCAUUCUGUUUAAACUUUACACCAUUGCAAUCGGAUACUAACUGGGAAACUGUCCAAACAAAUUGACUGGUAUUUUUCCGAGUCGUAAGUUAGCUCCUGUUAAGCUAGUUUGCUAGCAUGUAGGAUUAUAUUUUGGACCUUUUCGCCGCCGUCGACAUCACUAGUGCCGCCGUUAUCUCCCCUUGUAACGUUGUAAACUUGGUCAUGGUUUCCCACCGGGCGACAUUAUAAGUAAACAGAGAAUCUGUAAUUCGGACAGGUUUUCUCGGCGAGUGAAGAAUGGAUAUACAUUACACGUUCAGAUAUAAACUAUAGCCUCGCCCACGACUAGAAUUUCACUGAUUUACACGCUCAGUAGACACGAUUCAAUUUUAAACCCGGUUUACUAGUUGCACGCUUCUUUACUCCGAGAAGAAAAAUCGAUUAAUACACCGUUUUAUAACUCUGGAAAGGGCGUGCUCAUCUGCCACAACUACUGCGCGCGCACACACACACACUCUUGAGACGUAAACAGGACCGAAGUACGAAAAAAUGGGAGUGCAGGGCUUUCAGGAGUAUUUGGAGAAGCGAUGCCCGGGCGCUUCGGUUCCGGUAGAUCUCCUCAAACUGGGCCGAACCGCGAGCCGAAAUCCUCCACAUCACCACCACCACCACCAUCCCCCCCAUCAUCAUCCUCAUCACCCAAACGCGCUGUCCGCGCCUCCUCCGCCGCCCGCGCGCAUCCUCGUGGACGCAGACUCGGGCCUGCAGCGCCUCUACGGCGGCUAUCAGACCGACUGGGUGUGCGGCGGCGAGUGGAACGCUAUGCUCGGCUACUUGGCGGCGCUGUCGCAGGCCUGCUUGUACCAGGGCGGCCUGGAGCUCGUCGUGGCCUUCAAUGGCACUCUGGGCAAAGAGCGUUGGCCCGAGUGGGCGCGCCGAGCACAGGCCCACAGACAGACGGCGCAGCUCAUCGUCAACCACGUGGGCAGCAAAGGCACACCGCCCCCGCGCGCCUGGUUCCUGCCGCCCGCCUGCCUCAGCCACUGCGUCCGCCUCGCCAUGUUCCGCUUCCGCGUGCGGGUGGUUCAGACCCUAGAGGACCACCACCAGGAGGUGCUAUCUCUGUACAGAGACUUUGGAUUUCAGGGCCUGAUUGCACAAGACUCCGAGUUUGCUCUAUGCAAUGUCCCGGCCUAUUUCAGCUCUCAUGCGCUCAAGCUCUCCUGGAACGGCAAGAAUUUGACCACUCACCAGUACCUGCUGUCUGAGGCUGCUCGCCAGCUGGGCCUCAAAACCCAGCACCUGCCCAUCUUUGCUGCCCUGCUUGGUAACCACAUUCUGCCAGAUGAAGACCUGGCUGCCUUUCAUUGGAGUCUUUUGGGUCCAGAACACCCUCUUGCCUCCCUCAAGGUAAGGGCUCACCAGUUAGUUCUCCCUCCAUGUGAGGUUGUGAUUAAGGCUGUAUCAGAGUACGUUGCAUCUAUUCAGGACCUUGGGAACCUGGAUGCUGUGGCCAGAGAUGUGUUCAAACAGUCUCAGUCUCGGACCGAAGAUAAAAUCGAAAGAUUUAAGAAGGCAGUAGAAUACUUUUCAGCGGCCAGUAAACCCAGACCUCUUGCCAUGGGACCUUCUCCUUACCUCUUGCCAGGUUUUGGGCCGUGUCAGUUUGGUGGUCCUCCAGGCCACAUGGGGGCAGUACAGUCUGGGAAAUCCCAGGUUGGUCCACCCCAGGUAUCAGGUGUUAAGGUGCCUUAUCCCGGUGGUCCGUACGGCCCCGGCCCAGCCUCUGCUCUUCUGUUCCAGAACCCGCCUCCACCACUGCAGGAAUGCAAUGAUUCUAUUGUUGGGAAAAUGGGCUUUGGUGAUUGGUCCGCUCCUUAUGAUUCCACUCAAGUUGGCAACCGACUGCCCAAUCACCACACAGCUGCUCCUUCAGGCCCUUCCCCAUCACCAUCGUCGUCUUCAGAUGGGGAGGAGCAAAAUGACACCAGCACUAAUCAUUUGGCUGACAAGUCCUCUAGAUGGGAAGAGCCCAGUGGCCGUGGGGGUGGCGCCUCUGGGGAUGGUCCCCAGGGCAAUGGGAGUGGCCCAUCUAUUCCAUCAUUGCUGUCCAUGGCAACACGGAGUCACAUGGACAUUACGACUCCACCCCUUCCACAGGUCAGCGCUGAGGUGCUAAGAGUGGCGGAGCACAGACACAGAAGAGGUCUCAUGUACCCACAGAUAUACCACAUCCUCACCAAGGGGGAGAUGAAGAUGCCAGUGUGUAUAGAGGACGAGUGUAACCCGGACCUGCCUCCUGCCUCUUUGCUCUUCCGCUCAGCGCGGCAGUAUGCCUAUGGCGUGCUGUUUAGUCUGGCUGAGACCCAACGGAGACUGGAAAGGAUGGCCAUGCGUAAGCGCACUCCACUAGAGGUGCCACCAGUGAUAGUUAAGGAGUGGUGUGCCAGUAAGGCCAAGUCAGCCUUGACCCCUGAGCUGGUUCCAGCUAUGUGUUUUCGCGAGUGGACCUGUCCUAAUUUGAGGCGUCUGUGGCUUGGCCGUGCCUCUGAGGAUCGCAGUCGACGCACACGAGCCUUCUUGGCCUGCAUGAGAUCAGACUGCCCUGCCCUGCUUAACCCGUCCUACGUGCCAUCUCACCUGCUGCUCAUGUGCUGUGUGCUCAGGUAUAUGAUGCAGUGGCCAGGUGGCCGCAUUCUCCAACGUCAUGAGCUUGAUGCCUUUUUGGCUCAAGCGGUGUCCAACCAGCUCUAUGAGCCUGAUCAACUGCAGGAACUCAAGGUGGAGAAAGUGGAUAACCGUGGUGUGCAGCUGGCCUCUCUCUUUAUGAGCGGUGUGGACACUGCCCUUUUUGUGAAUGAUGUGUGCGGCCAGCCGCUCCCAUGGGAUCACUGCUGCCCGUGGGGCUUCUUCGAUGGCAAGCUGUUUCAGAGCAAACUUGCAAAGGCUACUAGAGACAGGGCUGCUCUGCUGGACAUGUGUGAAGGCCAGGAGGAGCUGGUGUCCCGAGUUGAGAAGAUGAGGCAGGCUAUUCUGGAGGGUAUCAACCUCUCUAGGCCUCCGCCACCACCCCCACCUAUGCCACCCCCGGCCUUCCUGCCCCCUGCCAUGGUGCCACCAUUCUACCCUAUGCACCCACUGUAUCCGCCUCGACCCUUGGGCUCUAUGCCUCCUCCGCACCACCAGCACCGACCAAGAGCUUUCCCAGGUAUCCAGUCUAUACCUCCUCAAGGUGGUAAGCUAGAAAUCGCUGGCAUGGUUGUUGGCCAGUGGGCUGGAAACAAACCGAUGCGUGGAAGAGGAGGGUUUAAUGUACAGGUGGUAUCAGUGGGAGGAGGAAAAGGUAGGGGCAAAGAAGUUAUACCAAAAGGAAGGGGAGGGAAGAAAAUUACCACAAAUCGAACACAGAAUCUCUCCUCCUCACCUCCCUCAUCCAGCCCCCCAAAGGUGGCAGAGGAGUCCAAAACAGUGGGGCGGCCCACUGAGAGAACCGGUGUUGUAUCGCAGCAGCUGAACGGCAGCUCUUCGGGAAGCGCCACUGGCCAACCCGUUGACCUGCCACCACUGGCCCAGCCAAUCCAGUGUGCCUUAGCCAGCAAAGACAACCAAUCAGGAGAUGGGGUGGAGGUAGAGGCCCCAUGUUGCCUUGACGACUGCUCGUCAGAUGGUGCACUACAAAAAGAGGAGUAAUUACAUCCCAUAGUUUAACAAGAAUGAUUGAGUUGAGUGGGAAUGUUCCAAGUUCGACUGCCUUUUUCCUUGCAAAACAUAAUUAGGCACAGUAGCCACUUCGUGUUGUUGUCAUAAGAAUAAUUUAUGAUGUUACAGAUGCUGGAAACUAGAGAUGGACAGUGUGAGAAGGGGUGCGGUCUAUGUCACCUUAACAGUAGGUUCUGAUUUGGAACUGAGCUAAAAGUUUAAAAUCACAACCUUUUGAUUGCACAUUGCACUGAAUCUUCUUGAUUCUGGACCUCAGCCUUUCCACUGCCCCAUCAGGGUUGUAGCAUUGUGACAAGCUCUCAGUCUUUUCACCUUUCUAACAUUUAUUAUUAUUUUCUUUUUAAUUUUAGAAUACUUUAGAUGUGUUGGUUAUAGUUGUACUGUUGCUUAACAAUGGCGACAGUAGGCCCUCUUUUACCCAAAGUAUAUUCUAAUUAAAUCCACACUUACAGCCAGUGCAUUUUAAGAGCAUCAUACUUACCUUAGUAGUCCCAAAGCAUUUUUGAAUUAAUUCCAGAGAAGACAUUGACACUUAACCAAUGAUCACCCUGGCUGUCAGUCACACACAAUGCAUCUGACGAUUGAACCAUGUUUAAUGCAUCAUGGCUUUCCACCCUCAUUUAUAUACACAACAUGUAGUUGUUGGCAUGAGCUUUGUAUUUAAUAUUUCUUAAGUAGCAUGUUACACAAAUUGUGUUGACAUAUUGACCUUUAUUAUAUGCAUCUAAAAUGCAUAUGUGUAGAUACAGGUCCCCUCCUCUUUUUUUUUUUCUUUUCUUUUUAACACAUAUUUAGUGAUUCUCAGCAAGCAUUCUUGUAGUUGUUGGUAAUUGGAUCGCAUUAGUCGUCAAAACAUGCACGUUUCUUUUUUUAAACGAUGAUAUUCUUCUAAAUGAAUUCAUAGUACUUAAGCAAAAGCCCUGUUGCUAGUUGUAUUGCUGGCAAGGCGAAUAUUGAAUUUAGGACCCUGUUUAGAGUUCAUAAAUCGUCCCUGUUCGAGCGCUGCAUAAAAUGAGACACUCCAGUGCCGUCGUAGGUUAGUGCCAAAGGGAUUGUCCUUACAAAUAGUGCUCUGGCUACCGCUGAAUUUAAAGCUGCCUGACAAUGAGAAUAGCAUCGAUUUUUAUUCAUUAUUAGUCAUUAGCACUGCUUGUUUGAAUCAUCCCUUUGGGGAAUGAUGUUGUCAUAUGUUGUGUUUUUAUAACAUUAUAGUUACGUGGUUUUGCGGCAUACAAUAAGGGUCCAAAAGAAUCCUGAUUUUGUUGCAGAAAAAAUGGGUUGGGUCACAAUGCUGUGUUAGAUGACUAAUUUCAGUGAUCCAGAUUCUGCUCAUCACAAUGCUGAGAGGUGUGAUGUAAAGAACAAAGAAGUGAGACUGCAGGUGUGCCAGUCAGGGAAGGUUUUGCUUUGCUAUCUCCACUCUUGGUAGCAUUUUAAUUCAGUGACACUGAAUGCGUUUUUUUUUUUUUUUUUUUUUUUUGCUCCUCACAUCAUCUACUCGGUGAAUAGACACAGCACUUGUGAUACCAUUGACAGAGCUGCUAAUAGGGUUCUAAGUUUUUUAUUAGUUUUUUUUAAGCACCUUAUUCUCCGAGAAAUAGAUAUUGAUAUGCAAGCCCCAGCACCAAAAUGUAAUGGAGAUGCCCUCUGAAACUGAUUGUAACACAACAUAAAGCACUUAUUUAUGUAAAAUUAUAGAACAAUACAAUUACAGUCAUUAGUCUACGUCGACCAUGAAACUGGGGUAAAUAUGUGGGACUCUUAAAUUUGUGACACAUUUGGGUGAAAAACCACACCCUCUACAUUACAUUACAUUAAUAUAUGGUGUUCUGUUUUUGUGACAUUAAACCCAUAUGUGUUGUUUCUAUGGUUGCCCAUGGACCUUGUGCACUUUCCAGAGAGCAUUUUAUUGAGGGGGAAAAUGGGUUUAAAGUAAUCCAUCUAACAUGAAAACCCCCCAGUUUCGAAACACAAUUUGACACCUUCAAGCAAAGGAAGUGCUCCUUUUGUGAACUUUUUUUGUACUAGAAAUUAUGGGGAUGUUGGGAAUGAGCUUCAAUUUGUAUGAAAGAGCAAAUACAUUAGAGAGAGGCUCUUUUGACUAAUAAUUUUAAUUAGAAAUCUUUAAUACUGAAUUUCAUUAGUGUCUGUGCAGGCAUGUUAAUAAGAUGCACCUUAUUUUGUUACAGGAUGGAGAGAUGAUAGUUUAUAAUGUGCCACAAAUUGUAUAUCAAAAGCUCUAAAUAUCACAGAACGACAGACAGACAUAUUUAUGUUUGUAUAUUCUAAAAGUUUUGCGGAAUCCCCUCCGUUAGUAAGUUUAUAUAUGUAUACCGCACGGAUAUACACACAUAGUCAGCAGUAACAUUACACAAGUGUUCGUCAUUGGCUAUGCCCAAGUUCAUAGAGUUAAAGACAUGACGUGACCAGUUUGGACAUACAUGAACUAUAAUAAAUCGGUAUUAAUCAAGACCAUAGCAUUGCAAGUAGUGUACUUAAACCCAUACGAUACUGUUCUAUACACGCACAACCGAUUAUUCUGACUUGGGUUGUUGUAUUUGAUGAUGAUGAAAUUUCAGCAGUGCUCAUAAUGGAUGGAUCUUCCAUCAUGAAUUAAGCACGCCAAAAACACACCUACACAUAGACACAAAUACGCUUGUUUGUACCUAUAAACAAACAAUUGCUUCCGACUUACCGUAGAUCGUUGUUCAUUUUCAGUUUCCAUUUAAGGUAAAUAGGACAUUUCAGUAAGUUCAUUAAGCAGGUACCGAUUAUCAUAGAAUUCCAGUUAUCGGAGUUGCAUUUAGCUUAAUCAUAGUCUCAAAGAUAUUAACACACCCAUAAUUCAGACACACCAAGAAAUGGACAUAAUCAUGUACACACACAUGCACACACACAAACAAACAAACACGUGCAUAUAUAGAUGUUUUCUUUUAGAGAGACAACAGUUAGUACAAGAGAAAAUGUACCGUUAUUUAGGAUUUCUUUUUGUAUUUGAUAUAGUUGAUUACUUGUAAUGCUUAAUUAGUGAUUUCAGAUGUGUGGUUCCCAAGUUACUCUUUGUAGAGCUUCUUAUCUGGUUUUUAUGUAUUCUUUUUUCACUGUUCUAACCUCCUUUCUUAUUUGCCAUUUUAAUCAGACAUUUGUUGAGAGUUCACUAUACCCAACAUAGAUGCAGAUGUAUGAUCAUUUACAGUAUUAAGUAUAUUAAGGGAUCUAUGUUCUGAUUUUUGAGGUACAACCAAACCUUUAACAUAUGCCCCCCCCCCCUUUUAUCCUAAUCAGUCCUAUUCAAUCGGUGGUAAUAUAGAACACGUGCGGAUUUAUUGAUACGGCGAUAGUUACCGUACUGCACUAUUUGUUGCUGAUUUAAGAAAUCCCUGUCUUGGUGUUGAAUAUAGUGUUACUAAUACACACACUCACAAUUCACAUGCUUGCUUUCUGUAGUUUUACAAUAUUACGAUUUCUUCCCUAUCUUUUCAUAUAAAAAAAAAACCAACCAAACAAAAAAAAAAACCCACCCAUCACCUCUUCUUUCUCUCAUUCCAUCAUGUCUAUACUUUUUGUCUGUUCACUUAUGUCUCGGUUGUGGACUUUCUUGCUCCUGCUGCAGUGUUGUCUCCUUACCCCAUCGUACUAACAGUAAAGAUAAUAUAACGACAAUAAUAAUUACGCUUAUAAUCAGUCUGUAUGUAAUCGUAGCCACAAGUUGGAAACGGAUAUUUUCAGCGUCAGAAAAAAAACUAAACAAAACAACAAAAAAAAAAAAGAACCUAACCUAGCCAUCUUUGGUUUGAAAUUGUGAAAAUUGUGUUUUUUCUUGCUAUUUAAAAAAAAAAACAUCAUUAUUACUCCUUUGACCAUUGCUACAGUUAGUAUUAAAUACACUUAGUACAGGUAGAUAUUUGAAACUGUAAUGAUUAUAGGUAUCUAUACCUUAUUGCUAUUGUUUCAGACCACUUCACCAUUAGGAUAAAAUUGUAGUCAUGAGACUAAACCACAAAUUUGUCGAACAAUUUUCGAGAUGCUUCAAUUAAUCAGUGAGGAUCGUUCAAAAGCUGAUCAAGUCAACAUUAACCAUUGCAUCCUUGCACAAAACAGAGUUCUCUCUGAUACUAAAAACCAAAGUGCAUACUAUCUUACUAUUUGUCAACCCAAAUUACAGUUGUUUCUUUCGUUUGUGGAAAUAAGAGUUCUACUACUCAGUAAUUGAGAUCAUAACAUAUAUAUUAUGGGUCCAUUGACAAAUAAUAAAUGAAGGAAACAAUGUAUUUACAUCUUUUUGGUGAAAUGUGGCUGAGGUGUGUGUGUUGUCCGGUUUCUUUGCUAACAGUUUUUUUCCCUUUUAUGAAGCGUAGCCUCAGAUGCAAGUCUUGAUGCGGUUAAAUCCUAGCACCCUCUGCAGUUACAGUUUGGGAAAUGUAUGUAGCUUCAUCAAUAGUCAUGGCUAGGGUUAAAUGUAAGCACAUAACUGUUAACAGGUUCAGUCACGAGUUAGCAUGAAGAGUCCUUGCCUCUGCAUUCCUAUAGACUUGUGUCUGGAGAUUAGAUUUGAUUUUAGCUUUUUAAACUGUUCCCCUUCUCUCCUAGCUUUGAAGCCCUUCACGUCACAGGAUCGCCUGUGUAUUUUUGACCGGUGUUGUAAGGUUUUGAGCCCGUUAGCGAUAACAGCAAUGUGUUUGUGUACAAUGGCUCCCUGCCAUUCCCCCCUACUCUUGCUGGAUGAGUGCUCUUGUUUUAUCCUUUUGAGUUUAGAGCAUGUUGCCCGUGCAAUGUUGUCAGCAUUUUCAAGUGACGACCCAGUCUCAUUUGUAGGCAACACGUUCUCUCAUCUGAUCCGUUCACCAGGAUAAAUGCGUUGAUGCAUGCAUCAAGGUCUCCAAAAGAACUUGUGUAGUGAAGGGUGAAACUUCAUUAUUAUUAUUAUUAUUAUUAUUAUUGCUGUUAUGGUUAUGAUCGUUAUUAACAGUUUCUCAUUUUUAGUCAGAAGAAAGCACCAGGUUGUUUGGGAAAGAAACCUUUUUUAUUUGUCUUGCUGUUGUGGUCUGAAUUCACGAUGCAUUGAGAAGAAAGCCAAAAGGCUGAGAGAGAACGAGUUGAAGUUGGCAGUCAUGUUUGUAUGGUUGGAAAAUGACUUACAGUGCUGAAAUAAAAUUUAUUCUUUUAGUAAAAAAAAA